GCCGUUUGGUCCGCGCGCGCACGUACCUCCGCUUUACAAUAACCACCGCAUUUACACAUUUCCACUUCACACGCACACAAUCGCACAGUCAACAUAUUGUUCUCCGACCAACACAAUGCAUUAUCUCCCCCGCAGUUGUUCCGCUCUCUCUCUCUCUCUCUCUCUCUCUCCCCCUCGCAACCAGACGCACGCUCCCGCCUAGCAGCUCUGUGUGUGCCGGUGCGACGCUGAGAGGAGUGUGGAGUUGUCAGUCAUUAAUCUGCUACAGCACAGCCUGUAAUCCUGAUGACAGAGCGGAGCGGGCUUACAGAGAGCAGAGAGGAUCUGAGCCCAGCCUGGAGAGGGGAACAAAGGAGCCAAAGAAGGCUGGCUUUAAAGAGAAAGGCAGGAAGUGUGUGUGUGUGUGUGUGUGUGUGUGUGUGUGUGUGUGUGUGUGUGUGUGUGUGUGUGUGUGUGUGUGUGUGUGUGUGAGGCAGGUAACUAUUUUGUCACCAAUGCUGCGGUGCUAUUCAAGAAUUCUGGGGCACACAAAAGGGAGAAGGGGCUUUACAUGGAGAGCGACCCAGGCAUCAGGUGAGCGGGCUCCGGUCCAGGCGGGCCAUUAUGGGAGCUCGGCUGAAGCGCCGGGGACAAGCUUAUUUCGCGGGCCCCUUCAAAGAACCACCAAGGGUCGAAGUCGGUUCACACAAUUCGGCGCAACAUCAGUCGAGGCUCAGAUGAAAACGGAGGGGAGAGGAAAAUAACCAUGUCUGGAGGCAUCAACAAGCAUGUGAGGAAGGCUACAGCUGCAUGCUGAGGAAGCAACGCUAAUGCCGCAUGAGUCACCGAGCUCGGGCUGCCGCACGGAUGCUGUGUCUCACUCCACCACGUUACAGCUAAACAGGUCAUUUCACAGUCAAUCGGAGCCGAGGAGUCAGAGGUGCCGCACAAACAACCUGUCCAGCAGCAAAAUAUUAUCUGAGAGCUAAUGCAAUAAAUGAUGCAACAUAAACUGCGCCUUUCUCAAUGAGUAAUGAUGCUGAUAAACAAGCCCCAUGGUUGCAAUCAGGCUUUUGAUACUUUUCUUUGAACUGAGAUAGGAGCCUCAUUAGUGACCAAAUAAAAGGAAAAUAUGGACUGAAUGUGGACCAGGGGAGCUAAAUUAAAAAUACACCCACACGCACACAGAAUGGCACAAUGCCUGAGCACAUCCUCUGGCCGGGCUCUCUAGACUUCAGGAGUAUCAUGCACACACACUCAUCUUACAGUCAGGCAUUUCUAUAUAUGUGUGUGUGUGUGUGUGUGUGUGUGUUCUUUUUACUCCAGAGACUAUUAACAGACGUUUAAGGACACUGUGUCCAGUCCACACAACUCCCAGGUCCUUUUGAGGGCUGAGCGCUAGCUUCUGUUCUAUAGGGCCAUGAUGUGUGUGUGUGUGUGUGUGUGUGUGUGUGUGUGUGUGUGUGUGUGUGUGUGUGUGUGUGUGUGUGUGUGUGUGUGUGCGCGCGUGCGCGCGCACGUGCCACGGAAAAAUGGUACAUAAUGAAUUCAAAAGCACCCGGCUGAAGACGAGCUGCCAAGUUUCUGAGUCGACUGUGAUAGCUGCAGAUUGGCUUAAUAAAAUAUGAGCUAACUUUCCCCUGCCACCGCUGUCACUGAUGCAAAAAAGGGCCAACCGAACGUAAAUACAUCGUGACCGGGCUGAGAAGAAGGACACGGAAAACACUGCAGCCCUGCGACAGCGCUGUCCUGCACGUAAGAGCAGUAAUUCCACUAAAUGUUUGGAGGAAACAAUGAGAGUUGAAUUUAUCAAUGAGCUGCAUACUGUACGUUUUGAUUAGUCCUGCCUUGACAGACGUUGGAGGCUUAUACACAUGGCACAAAUUUCCAGAGAAAGUGGGAUGGGAUGCGACGGGGCUGAAACCACGUUAGAGGAGGUUCAGAAUGUACAUAAUUGGGGCUUGAGGGGGACAUAAACACAGGAGCUGUGAGGAGCGCCGUGACUCGGCGCUGAUUCCUUCACUCCUAAUGAGGUUGGUUACGUGCUCCCGGUGCAGGCCCCAAAUGCAUUGUGCGUUUGCGUGGACGUAGGUGCACACACGGGUCAUUUGACAGUCGUCUGAGCGCAUCUGUCGCACUUUCCACACUCGCACAACUUCUCCUCCUUCCGUUUCACAUCUGCCUCCCGACGGGAGGUGAAUUACCCAGUCAGUUUGCUGGGAGCUGGAAUUAGGCUAUGUUUGUACCGACUGUAGUGUUGCAUGAAGAAACACUCUUAAAUAAUCGCAAUUGAGCCUUUCUGUCAAAAUAGCGCCGGGUGGAAUGAGAAAACCACAGGGCUGUGCAAAAAAAAUAAAAAAUAGAAACCAAAUGACUGACCUCAAGAAAUCAUUUCACUAAAAAGAACUAAAUCAUUUUACUAAAAAGAACUAAAUGUUUAGAGAACUAAAAAGUUCUCUAAACAUAAACAACCAUAGUAAAAAUAUCCUGUUAAGACGUUUACAGAUGACAGUGUUUUGUAAUAACUAACUCCUCUGAUACUGAAGUGGUUCAAUGUUUUAUGGGCCACAGGGGAUUUCUUUUUUUUUUUGUUAUAAUUCUAUCAGUGGCCGCUGGAAAUAAUUAGCAUUAUGUCUGAGUCACCGCGGCGUAUCCAGCUCUUUUUACCCAACCAUGCAUAAAAAUCUAUGGACCCACAGAAACAGAUCUCAGCGACAGCUUGUGCAGCUCCAUUAUGUACUGUACGUUGACUGUUUGGGUCAAAAGGUUCUUCACGGAUGGCGCAUGGUUCCUCUCUGGGUCACGCCGACCCCAGACCUCUUGACACUCGUCAGUGACCAGUACUUGAGCGUCAGUUCCAAUCCCACUGCUGUCACGUGGCAAAAUCUGUGUCACUGAGCAAUAAGAGUUUUUUAAACAGUGGGAAAUUUUGAACAAACAAUAAAUAAGAGUUCAAGCUCAUGCUGCCUGCAGGGUAGUCGAUGUGCUCGGGAACACAUUUGACAAUUAUUUUCAGGGGGAUGUGUCACCGUUGGUGGAGUUUUCUGAACAUCAAAGUCAGUCUCUCGGAAGACGCGUUAGAUAACUUCAAAGUCCUGUGACUGCUUCGCCGAGAGGUGCUUUUCCUUUGUGUUGCUCUGUUGGUUUGUUUCCUACUCCAUUGUGAAGCAGAUGAUAACGACUGUGUUAGCACGUUGCGUCACGGACCUGUUCUCGUUCAUUUGCUGUUCAAGGACACACUGGACUUUGGAACAGCAGACGCCCAACAUGCAACUACCUUGAAAGCACUGUAUAUGUACUGUAGUACCCAAAUAUUACCUGCUCUAAAAACCUAAAACCAACAUGCAUCAAGUCGUGUAAAGGUACAAUAUUGUUUUUUUGUACAAUAAUUGUAAUGAAUGAUAAUGAGCAUUGACAUAGUCGUGUAUAUAUUUCACAUUACUACCCAUCUGGUUUUUCUAUACAGAUGCGAGGACUGACAUAAAAAGGACCAGCUGCUGCCAUAACAGCAACGAUCAGCUGUUGUGCUGCCGUUUUAUUUCCCCUGGCGUCAAAUCAGGAACUAGAGGCUGGUGCCUGUAACGCCUCUUAAUUAGUGGGGGAAUCCUCCAACAACAUGCAAUAUGUAUCACAGUCUGAACCUCCUCUACCUGCUCCACAUACAGUGCAGAGUCUCCAGGGGAAUAAUUACACCACUAAUGCUGCAGCAUUAAAUGAAAUGAGAGUCCCAGGAGAUCAGUGUCAGAGGAAAUCAUAAGACCAUCGCCAUGAUGUUGGCGUGGAACCCAUUCAUCUGUAGGAAAACCGCAUUAAGUAAUCUAUAUCAUGAAGUAGGAAAAUGAGCUCAACUCAAUCAAUAGGCCGCCAUGAAAACUAAGCAAUCUAAAAUUCAUUCAGAACACGCACUCUGAAGUCAAGUAAAGGAAGAAGUAGUGUUUAAAUACUUCUUAUAACCGUUCAAAUACACACAGACCCUCUUGAAUAUUACUAGGACAAUCAUUUUCAGCCUCACUCUGAUGUAAUGCAAAGCAGGCACCAUUUCUUCCGAAAUAAAAUUAACAUAGUGUAAAGCCUUGCAUCAUAUAUUCUGGUAAUCCCCCUCCAACUCCCGUCAACUUCAUAAAUUUGCAUUUCUCAUGUAAUAAAGCAUUGUUGUGCCUGCAACGUGCCACAAUGGGCGACUCUGGGCCAUUGUUUAGACGGGUUGUGUGCCACAUUUUAAGAGGCUGGAACACGGCCGAAGAGCAAAUUAACAGCCAAAUGGUAAACUGUCACUUCAGUGCAAUUAACGUUAUAGGUGCUGAAAUUAAGCGAGGAAGAUGUAACUGUGUCAGACUGAGGUUUCGAUCAGGCCUUCAUAUGAAUGUGAGACCAAGGGCAUCAUUUCCACCGUGGAGUCGUGGGGCAUGUCCCAACGUCUGUCCCCUCACUUUGAUCACUUUCAUUUUUAGAUCUUACCUUCCAGAGGUGACUCACUCAUGUCUGCAAACAUUAUCCAGAUGUUGGAGCAUUUUUGGACAAUUAACAUAAAUAUAAGUUGAAUUAUUUGCCACAAGAGCUGCAGCAUUUAAAAGCGUUUUGUCAAUACUUGUCAAUAGGGACAGUUUGACCCCCCAGCCUUUAGGGGCGCUGCUGAGUCUGUCUUGUCAGGUGUUCGUGUGUGUCGUCACUUCCUGUUCCGGUUAACGGUCUGCUCUAAUUAUUCAAUCACCUACACAUGCUGCUAUAUUUUUCAUCUAGCGUCUUACAGCAGCCGUUGCCUCUUUGUUGCUGCAUGUUACUCCUGAGUGUUUUACUGUUAUUCGGCCUUGUGUCAUCCAUUUCCUGUGUUGUUUGUCCAGGAGCAAGGAGGUGACUGAAAUAACGGCUGCAGGUUGUUAAUGGAGGGAUGUGAAGCACUUCACUGCUGAAGAUCAUAAAGCCAAGAUCACCCUCAUGUUUCUACUUUUAUCACAGAUCCACACUGAGAGUACAAGCAUCUCGGCGACAGCGAGCGUCGGUUCUCAAGAGGAGAUCUGAGCAGGGGAGCGCACAUGAAACAACUGGGCAGCGUCUAAUAAGAGGACACCUCUCCGUGGCAGCAGCAAUGGUGCUGUUUGAUGUGCUGUGGGUGGCCACACUCUUCCUGCUGAGUCAUGCGGCGACUUACACCAACGACUGGGCGAUUCGAAUAAGAGGCGACGUGGAGACUGUGAACAGGAUAGCGGAGAAAUAUGGAUUCACCAACAUGGGCCAGGUCGGAGAUCUGAAGAGUUAUUACAGUUUUCGCCACCGUGAGACGACAGCGCGGUCCACGGAGUCCAACAGAGCGGUGACCGCUGGUGUGGUCAAGGAGACUGAGGUGGAAUGGCUCCAGCAACAGGUGGUGCAGAGAAGAGCAAAGAGAAACUCCAGGGUCAACGCGGGUCACUCCGUUGACAUGAAGACCACACUGUUCCCCGCUGGUCGUCUUGACACUAACUCCACCGACUCGCCGCACUUGAGCGGCCCAGUGCGACGCAGCCUGUGGUACACUCGCUGUAGUGAAGCGUCUAGACGCUGCCAGUCUCACAUGAGCGUCGCCGCGGCCUGGAGGAGAGGCUAUACUGGGAAGGGUGUGGUGGUGUCUGUCCUAGAUGAUGGCAUUGAGAGAGAGCAUCCGGAUCUGAAGCCAAAUUAUGAUCCUCUCGCCAGCUAUGAUGUGAACGGACAAGACCAAGAUCCUUCUCCCAACUACUCCAACAAUCCUGAUAACUACCAUGGGACACAGUGUGCUGGGAUGGUCGCUGCCACUGCGAAUAACUCUCGGUGCACGGUUGGAGUCUCUUUCUAUGCACGAAUAGGCGGCAUCCGCAUGCUGGAUGGAGAUGUGACGGACAUCGUUGAGGCCCAGUCGCUGAGCUUCAGAUCCCUGUAUAUUGAUAUUUAUGUGGCUAGCUGGGGACCCGAAGACGACGGAGCCACUUUGGAGGGGCCUGGGCCUCUGGCGCGGCGCGCUUUGCACAACGGCAUCAAAACAGGUCGCCACGGGAGGGGCUCUCUCUUUGUAUGGGCAUCGGGGAACGGAGGACAAAGAGGUGACCACUGCUCCUGUGAUGGCUACAGCAGCAGCAUCUACACGAUCUCUAUGAGCAGCAGCGCUCUGGAUGGAGGCCAGCCAGAUUACCUGGAGCAGUGCAGCUCCACGCUGGCAACAGCUUACACCGGUGCUGAGGCACACGACAUUGUGACCUUGGGUCCCCAGCAGAGCUGUAGUCAAGCUCAGCCGGGGACAUCUCUUGCUGCCUCCAUGGCUGCAGGUGUCAUUGCUCUUACUUUGGAAGCCAACCCUCUGCUAACGUGGAGGGAUGUGCAGCACAUUAUUGUCAGAACAUCAAAAGCUCAUCAGCUCGUCGCUCCUGACUGGCAUGUUAAUGGGGCAGGAUACAAAGUAAGUCACCUGUAUGGCUUUGGCCUGCUGGAUGCUGAGAGGAUGGUGAAGGAGGCUGAGCGCUGGAAACAAGUCCCACCUCAGCACAAGUGUGUGGAGGAGGCUCCCAUCCAGCUGAGCAGAUCCAUUCAUCCCGGCUCGGUGCUGACGUCUGUGUACAAGACUACAGGUUGCUCCAGCGAGGCCCUCCAGCGAGUCGUUUAUGUGGAGCAUGUUGCCGUUCGCGUUUCCAUCGCUCACUGUCGCCGUGGCGACCUUUCUGUGACGCUCACAUCACCUUCAGGCACCAUGUCACAGCUGCUGGCUAACAGGCCUCUGGACGAUUCCACUGAGGGUUUUCACAACUGGGAAUUCAUGACAACUCACUGCUGGGGGGAGCAGGCAGCGGGAGAAUGGACUUUGAAAAUCCAGGAUACACCAUCUCAGAGGAGAGAAAGUGCUGAACUAGGAGUGUUAAAGGAGUGGUCCCUGGUGAUUUAUGGCACUGCAGAGCAGCCGUAUCCUGCGCAUCGGGAGCGAGUCCGCUCAGCUGAGAUGCCAAUGGAUAGUGACCUAACUGAAGAAUACAAUGGACCCUGCGACCCAGAAUGCAGUGACGACGGUUGUGAGGGGCCGGGCCCCCAGCAGUGUGUCACAUGCUUACACUUUUUUCUUAAGUUCAAGAACAACACAAGGUGUGUAUCAGAGUGUCCCUCUGGGUUCUGGGGCGAGCGGCGCCGGUGUAAAAGGUGCUUCUCCUCCUGUGAGAGCUGCACUGGGAGCCGCAGCGACCAGUGCACGUCCUGUCAGCCCGGCUAUCACCUGACUGAGGAGACCAACACAUGCACAGCCCUCUGUGGGGACAGCUACUACCUCGACCACGAUGCAAAUAUGUGCAGAAAGUGCAGUGAAAACUGCUUGAAGUGCACCUCCAACAGUAUCUGCACAGAAUGCAAACAAGACACAAGUCUGCAGGGGAAUCGGUGCCAGCGGAGCUGCGCAGCCGGAUUCUACCAUGACAAGCUGGAAGGCACGUGCAAGCCCUGUCACAAGGCCUGCGCCACCUGUGCAGGAGCGGGCGUGGGUGCGUGCAGCCACUGUGCAGAAGGCUACUUGAUGGAGGAGUGGAGGUGCGUGUCCUCCUGCAGUGCUGGCUUCUACGCAACGGAGCCAAACCCAGAGAUAGCUGAUGGGCACAGGCUAUGUAGGAGGUGCGACGCCAGCUGUCUCACCUGUGUGGGGCGGCUCGGGAACUGCAGCAGCUGUUCGAGCGGCCACAGCCUGCAGGAGGGAGUGUGUGUUGUUAACACAGUUUGCGCAGACAGGCAGUACCCAGGCAGCAGCGGAGAGUGCCGCGCGUGUCAUGCAACGUGUCUCAAGUGCACGGGGCCGCAAAGCGAAGACUGCGUCAGCUGCGCUCCUUCAUGGGCUCUGGAUGACGGCCGCUGUGUGCAGGAAUGCGGCAAGGGCAAGUACGAGUCGAACGGCCAGUGUCACCUGUGCGACCACACCUGUGCUACCUGUGUGGAUGCUGCCGCUGCCAACUGUACCAGCUGUGACACAGAUAAGUUCAAAGUGCAGCGCUACCUGUAUAACAGUCAGUGCCUGGACGCCUGCCCUGAAGCCUUCUACCACAGCCCUGAGAGGAGCUGCGAGCCGUGCCCCGACCACUGCCAGCACUGCACGGGCCCGACCCACUGCCUCCAGUGCGACCGGUUAUACUACGUCUCGGAUGGAGUUUGUGCAAAGCUGGAGUGUGAAGAAGGGGAGGUGGAGGAUCCAGAUUACGACAACUGCAUGACCUGCGAGAAAGGCUGCAGGACAUGCAUCUUGUAUAACCCCAGGCAUUGCCUGUCCUGCAUUGAGGGCUUUUACAAUUUUCAGGAGGGCUGCUACAAAGAGUGCCCGGCCAAGACGUACAGCGUGGAGGAGCAGAUGACCUGCUUCCCAUGCGAGCACAACUGUGUGACCUGCAAUAAGGACGGGUGCCACUGGUGCGAGACCGACCUCUUCCUGACAGAGGGAAGGUGUGUAUCGGUGUGCCCUGCUGGUUUCUAUGGCAACGAAGACACCAACGACUGUGAGGAGUGCCACGCCGACUGCGUGACGUGCGAUGGCCCAGAAGAUGACGACUGUCUGUCGUGUGGGAACGGGAAAACGCUCGACAACGGGGAGUGUGUGUCUGACCAUGACCAUGUCUGUCCCAUUAGGACCUUUCACAGCGGAGGUGGCGAGUGUGAAGCGUGCCACGCGUCCUGUGAAUCCUGCUCCGGAGACGAGAGGAACCAGUGCACGGCGUGUGCAGAAGGGCAGUUUCUGACCCCGCAGCAAACGUGCGCGGCCAGUUGUCCCGCGGGCUCCUUCGCCAGCCGUCUGAGCGCCGCGUGCGAGCUCUGCCCCCCGGGGUGUCUGCAGUGCGUGGACGCCCAGCGCUGCACCCGCUGCCAGAGCACCCGCAAAGCUCCAUUAUUCCUGCAGAGCGGACAGUGUGUCAAACAGUGUGUCAGGGGGUAUCCUGUGGGCCAGGUGUGUCGCAGCUGUGCAGCAGGCUGCGCGUCCUGUGUCAGAAACGCCACCAACUGUCUGGCCUGUCAGGAGCCUCUCGUCCUCCACCAGCGCCAGUGCGUGGACGAGUGUCCCCCGGGGCACGCGCUCCGGGACGGGCGGUGCCAGCGCUGCCCGUCAGCGUGCCACGAGUGCAGCGCACGUGGAGAGUGCACAGGUUGCGACGAGUAUCACUUCCUCCACGAGGGCUCUUGCUUGUCAGAAUGUCCGGAGGGGUUCUAUGAGGACGCAGCCCAGUGUUCUGGUUGCCACCCUGACUGCGCUUUGUGCGACGGCCCCGACAGCGACGACUGCGACACUUGUACGGAUCCAGAGACCACUCUGCACAAUGGGGCAUGUGUGACAGCCUGUCCCUCCCACAGCUACAGGGACGCUGCAACAGGACAAUGUGAAGACUGUGAUGCUUCUUGCCUCACCUGCUUCAACGCCGGCGCCGGCGCCUGCACCAGCUGCACAAAGGGCCAGAGACUCGACGGUCAAGGCCAUUGUGUAGCAACCGGCAACAAAUGCCCCCCUCACCAGUACGCGGACCAGCAUGGAGAAUGUCACCCAUGCCACAAAUCCUGCCACAGCUGUUCAGAACCCGGAAAAACCCACUGCCUGAGCUGCAGCCAGAGACAUGUCCUGCUCAAUGCCACCUGUGUGGAUGAAUGCCCGGCGGGCUAUUACAGGGACCCGACGGGGCAGAACUGUGAGGCUUGCCACCCGUCCUGUCAGUCCUGCUUUGGGAAGCACAGCAACGAGUGUCACGUCUGCAAAGACCACUUAUUUAAGGAAGGCAAAGUGUGCGUGGGGGCCUGUCAUCCCAGUCACUAUGGAAACACGGUCACGGGGACGUGCGAGAAGUGCGACCCAAGCUGUGGGGAGUGCAUCGGCGGCGGGGAGCACGGGUGCCUGAGCUGCGAUCUGGGGCUCGUCUUCUUGCGGAAAGAGGGGCGCUGCCUCCCGUCGUGCCCCCAGGGAUACUACCACGACCCGGUGCACAGGACGUGCGAGCCGUGCCACGCCAGCUGCCAAACGUGCUCCGGGAAAGACGCUCAGUCGUGCGAGUCCUGCUACACUGGAAACCGGCUGUCAGACGGCGAGUGUGAGUCCAUGUGCGACAUCGGCCAGUAUCUGUCCAUAAAGGGUUCAAGUCACGUUUGCGAAGACUGCGACAGCUCCUGUCUGGAGUGCCGAGGGCCCGGUUCAGCCAACUGCACCAUGUGCCCGGCCCAGGCCAUUCUAGAUGCACAAGGGCGCUGUCUGCUCUGCUGCCGCCAAGAUGACGAUGACGAGGAGGAAGCUGCGGCUCAGCAGCGAGAGUGCUGCAAUUGCACAGAGACUCGAGGAGAGUGUGUGCUCAGCACCAACUUGGCGUUCAGAAAUGAUGAGGAAGACGAGCCCAGGGGCAACCUGACCAUCUUCAUCAUCGCCUGCAUCCUGCUGGUUCUGGUGCUGGUGGCCAUCGUGUUCCUCGUUCGACACUCCCGGUCCAAGAGCGCACCCCCAGACAUCCCUCCCCGCGGUUACGAGAAGCUGGGCUCUGGCGGCGGUUACGGCGGCGGCAGCAGACACGGCGGCUUCAGCUCGUCGUCUGCAUCCUACAGCAGCCACGCCCCCUCCUCUGGCAAUCGCUUCCAGGAAGCUCAGUUAGUCGACCUGAGCAGCCGUCGCUCAGGGAGCAAGGACGAUGAUGACGACGAUGAAGAUGAGGACAUCGUCUACAUGGGUCAGGAUGGCACCGUUUACAGGAAGUUCCGCUAUGGACAGCUGGGGGAGGACAACGAGGACGAGCUGGAGUACGACGACGAGAGCUACACCUUCCGGUGAAAUGGGACAAAACUUCUCCAAAGAAACUUCUCCUAUUCGACUCUAAUCAUCCCUCAGUUUAUCUCCUCGUGCCCUGAGGGACAGACUCAUUUAUCCUUCACUGAAUACGAGCCGAACCAAAUGAGACAUGUGAAGCUAUUUAUAAUGAGCUGCAAUUUACAGCUGCUAAUCAUUCACAAAAUGAAACUAGCUGCAGAAAAAUUGGUUAAAAUGUUGAACAAGAACAUGUUUAACAUUUCUUGAGGGGCUUUGUUUGGAGAAUGAUGCUUCCCAUGUAUGUAACACUUUAUCAGGGACAUCUUGUUGUGAUUUUAUUAGUCAUUUUAAUUUGAAUAUUAGGAUGUAUUUUGCUUUCCUGUGUGUUUCCUGUCAUUGGUUAAUAGAUUUGCUCAAAGUGAAUUGCCUAAAUAAAGUGAGAAAAGUGA